GAAGUUCCAGAGCCACUUUGGCCGCCGGCCUGGGACAGCGGACAGUGGGGACACGGGGCUAGGCGCCACCCCAUCUGACAGCACAGAAGGGCAACCUGGCUUGGUUAUUCUCUAGGACAAUGUUCCCUGAAAGGAACAAGGCCUUCCUGCCUUCGACACUACACUGCUGUCAGCCUAGAACCUUCGAGCCUCCAGAAAAAAAAUGCAUUGGAAGGAAUUCGGCAACAGCAUUAAACAUCUUGCUGCUGCAGCUCACCCCUUCCGCUGGGCUGUUAAAAAAUGUCACGUCUAAUAACACGGUUCUCCCAGUGUCGGACUGAGUGCCAGAUUUGUGCAGUUCCAGCAGCAGCCCCUCGUUCCAGCCCAUCCGCAGUCCGAUUCCCAUCCCCACUGCCCAUGUCAUGCCUUCCACGGCCGGACCACCGGCCUCCAAUCCCCGGCCCUGUUCCCAGGAAGAUUCCCAGGCUUCUGCCUCCUCGGGCUCCCGAACCUCCGGUGGAACCUCCAACUCGAAGUCGUCCUCYCUCUCCAAAUCAGCCUCUUCACCCAACCUGGACAUGGCACAAGGCGGCGCGGGGCRUGCCGACCCCACCGGGCCCAAGCCGGACUGCCUGAGCCGCUACCGCAGCCUYGUGAACGGACUAGACCACUCUCUGUUCCCCUCGGGGGACCACUCUUGCAUGGAUGAGGGCCAGAGGUUYGACAUGCCCACCAUGGAGCCCACAAUGAACCAAUCUGCUCUGCUGGCAGGCUAUUGCCCCGACRUCCGACUCAGGCUCCAGAUGACCAGUCUGGGGGAGACUCCCGAGGGCAACAGGGAGGCCUACAGGGGUGCCAUGGAGCACUCGUACAAGGCUCUCCCCGAGACAAGGCCGGGGGUCCCCGGCGCUCCAGACCCCUACAGCCAGAGGAGCAGCCAGCCAGGUGGAACUGGGCCUGGGUCAGCAGGUGUGUACCCCRGCUCUCUGUAUCUGCAGACCCAGGCUCUGCUGAGGGAGGCCAAGGCCUAUGAACCCAUGCUGCAGGAGAGAUGCAGCGAGYUGCCCAGCUGGCAACAGCAGCACAAGCAGCAGCUGGAGAGUCUCCGCAUGCAAGUGGAGCAGAUGCAGAUGAUGACUGCUGGAGUGGGCCAGUACCCGGCUCUCUACUCCACCCCCUCCAUGCCACCAGAGACCAGGAAGUGGGACRAGGUGAUCAAAGCCAACGAGAGCAUUCUGAAGGAGAAGCAGCUCGCCAUAGAGAGACAGAAGCAGCAGAUGUCUCAGCUGGAGCUGCGGGAGAGCGAGCUGCAAGUCCACGGCGCCCUGCUCGGCCGCGGCGCUCCGUACGGCGACAUGUGUCUGCUCCGUCUGCAGGAGGCUCAGAGGGAGAACGCCUUCCUACGGGCCCAGUUUGCAGAGCGCGGUGACUGCGCCGCCCASGARGAGGCAGAGCGCCGCCUCGGUGCCGUGGAKGCGGAGACGCGGCGYCUGAAYGAUGCGCUGAGGGAGACYRGCGAGAGGCACGCCGAGGAGAUGAAGAAGCAGGAGGAGAGGAUUCGCAACCGGGACAAGCACAUCAACAGCCUGAAGAAGAAGUGCCAGAAGGAGGCAGAGCAGAACCGAGAGAAGCAGCAGCGCAUCGAGACUCUGGAGCGCUACCUCGCUGACCUGCCCACUAUGGAGGACUACCAGGGCCAGAGCAAACAGCUGAAGGAGGUGGAGCAGCGGGCGUUCCAGCUGCAGGGCCGGGUCAGAGAGCUGGAGGUGUGUCUGGAGGAGGCUCGCUCACACACCCGGGAGAAGGACACCCAGCUGGAGGAGCAGAGACGCAGGGAGAGGGAGCUGCUCACCACUGUCACCAGUUUACAAGAGCGGGUGCAGGAGGGCCUGGAGGACGGGGCAAGGUUACCCUCCCUGGAUGUAGAGAAACUCAGAGGGGAGAACAGCAGCCUGAGAGAAGAACAGCAGAGACUUAAAAAGGUCAUAGAGAAGCAGCUGAGGAUGAUGACGAAACUGGGCACCCAGAUCGUAACCCUGGAGGAGCAGGUGUCUCAGGAGGAGAGCAGCUCCCAUGCUCUGAGAGAGGAGGUUUGUUCUAAAGAGCAGGGUUUGCUCCAGCUCCACACAGCCAUGAAGGAGAACCAGGAACUAACGGAGCAGAACCUGACCCUCCAUGAGCGUCUGGAGGACUCGGAGAAGGUGAACCUGGACCGGACGUCGUCCUCGCUGCGGCCGCCCGGGGACCGCCUCACCCAGCGUCUUCACGGGGAGAUGGCCUCAUGCCUCUGCGACCUGCGCUCCCUCUGCAACGUCCUGACCCAGCGGUCACAGGGCCGAGACCCCAACCUCUCGCUGCUGCUUGGCGUUUCCUCUCCCCCGCCCAUGGCAGAGCAGGUGGAGGACUGGCUGAGUCCUGAGGUCCUCCAGAGGAAGUUGACUGAAGCCCAGCAGCUGCGUCGUGAUGUGGAGGAGCUCCGCACCACCAUCUCAGACCGCUAUGCCCAGGACAUGGGAGAGAACUGCAUUACCCAGUAGCCCCAGCUGCUAGCCUCUCUAAAACAGACUGAACCAUCAGGCUAAUGGGAUCAGGCUUCCAUAUUGGCCUUGCUUCUUCUACUCUCUUCAUUGAGUAUGAACUGGAAUCUCAUGUUGGCCCUUUGGGGAAGGAAUCCUUGAUCAGGUCAUGCAUUUCAGUCAAAGGGCUUACGGUGGAAGAACUGUUCUCAAACCAGUGUGUUUUUUGAUUUUAUAAAUGUUUUACUGAUGCGUUUUGUCUUUGUGUUGUCAAAGAUGCCCUCCGCUCUUUUUAUGACACAACAUUCAGUGGGGCAAAAAAGUAUUUAGUCAGCCACCAAUUGUGCAAGUUC